CCAACAAAGAAAGACAAACUCCAAAAGGUACAUGGUGUGAGAGACUGUUCACACAGUGAAAAUGUCAAAAUUAGGCAAAUAAAUAAUUAUAACGAUUAAGUGAGCUCAAAUCGAUGAUCAAACAUGCGCUGUGUUGCACAUUUCGACUAUGGGUCGACUUAUAAUUGACUGACCAAAAAAAAUGUAGCCCACCCCUCUGCAGGUUCCUAACGGUCUAGCUGUAACAAGACAUAAUUGUUUUAAAAUUGGUUGUGGUAAUGGUCACACGGGGGCAGAGUAAGACGAAACAAAGAGUUGCAUCUGACAAACGAAGACAUGUACCCCUUUUAAAUUGAAGGUCGAUAUUAUCACUACUAUGACUGUGACAUUCAGAUUUUCAUAAUUCUGUGCUGAAUGUUUGCUCAAAUAAUUAGAAUAGUGGUUGUAAUAGACUGUCAGCCCUUAUGAAGUAAACGAAUCUAACUCCAAUGAUAGGGAUAAAUGACCAGUCUUUGUGUAUAUGACACAGAUAUUAUGACGAGAAAUACAUUCUUGUUUUACAAUUUUAAUGAUAUAAUCUUCAUCUUACUAAAACUAGCUGUUAUAAUGUUAGCGUGCAUUGAAGGUACACAAAGAAAGAACGAUGUAAAAUUAUCGUUUAUAUGUCGUUGAUUAAGUCCUGGUUUCCUUUGUACUGAGUGUAUAAAUCAAGGUCUGUGCCUGAAAUAGGGGAGGAGCCUAGCGCUAAAGUAACUGUGGUGUCGAUGUCCCACACGUCUCUCCCACCCAGAAUGUCGAUUUCACAUUUGUGGGGAAACAACUCAACUUACUCUCACGACCAGAAAAUGAGCUUGCCAAUGACAACACCAUCACCUUCUGGUUCACAAUAUGCAAAUAUCGUAAGCGACGAGCAGCUGUACAUUAUCCAGCUGGUCAACGGGGUGGUCAUCUGUGGUCUCCUCAGUCUGUUCGGCGUGGCCUCUAACAUCAUCAACAUUGUGGUGUUUGCCAAGCAAGGCUUUCAGGACAGCAUGAACAUCAGCCUCAUGGGGCUCGCUGUGUCUGACCUGUUCUCCCUGCUGACCACGAUAUGGCUAAGCAUCUGCGCGAACCCACUCUUCUACAACUCUGAGUUGCCCUUUGACCCUAGGGAUUUGACUGACCUCACGGGGGGCAUGCCCCAUAUUCUCUUUGUCAAAAUCGCCACUUUUAUCACCGCCUUCAUCACCUUUGAACGAUGUCUGUGUAUCGCUGUCCCUCUGAAGGUGAAGACGAUCAUCACACCGAGAAGGACUAAGACAAUUAUUAUCUCCAUCUACAUUGCCAUGGCUGUUUUGGUGAUCCCCUACUACUUUGGAAACAGACUUGAGUGGAUUUUCGAUUUCAACAAGAAUGCUACUGUGCUAAAAACCACGUACACGGCCGAGAGAGGAAUGUUUGAAGCCAUUACGUUUCUCACCCAAGGCGUAUUUACUACGUCGUUUUCCUUUGUCUUCGUCAUCUGCUGUACCAUCGUUCUUAUCGUCAAACUCAACAGUAAAACAAAAUGGCGGAGGGCCACUGCAGCCAAAUCUGAUCGUGCAGCGGAAGGAGUAGGGGUCAAAGAUCAAAAAGUUGUGAAAAUGGUGACCUUCAUCGCUGUCAUUUUCAUCGUCUGUUCCGUACCUCCCACGCUCAUGUUUCUCUACAUGGUGAUUGACCCAAGUUUUCGUAUUGAUGGUGUCUAUGGAAAUCUCUAUUUUGUCAUUUGGUGUUCAUCAUUUCUAACAGAAACUGUCAACUCCAGUGUGAACAUAUUUGUGUAUCUGAAAAUGAGUUCGAAAUAUCGAAUAGUGUUUAUGAAAACAUUUUUGAACAAGGGGGAAAAAUAA